GUGCCUCUCUCUCCCCAGGAAGCCCAGUGUCCCUGUGGCCUUGGCAGGAGCUGCCUGACACUGUCCGCUCAGCCGGCACCCACAGUGCUGAGGCACCGGAGCCUGGAGAAGAUGCAGCUGUACCUGGUGCUGCUCCUCAUCAGCUGCUUGCUCACUCCUAUCGGGGCCUCCAUCUUGGGGCGCUGCGUGGUGGCUAAGCGGCUCCACGAUGGGGGCCUGGAUUAUUUUGAGGGCUACAGCCUUGAAAACUGGGUGUGCCUGGCUUAUUUUGAGAGCAAGUUCAACCCCUCGGCGGUCUAUGAGAACACACAAGGUGGCUACACUGGCUUCGGCCUCUUUCAGAUCCGCAACAGUGAAUGGUGUGACCACGGCAAGAACCUCUGUGCUGUGUCCUGCUCUGCUCUACUGAAUCCAAACUUAAAGGAUACGAUCGCGUGUGCCAAGAAAAUCGUGAAAGGAAAAAAAGGGAUGGGAGCAUGGCCCAUCUGGUCCAAGAACUGCCAGCUGUCGGACACUCUGGACCGUUGGCUGGAUGGCUGUAAUCUGUAGGCGCCCGAGGGGACCUGCCGCACUUGCCAGCUGUGUCUUGGGACUGAAGAUGCUUUCCUGUUUGCUGCUUCAGUCUGUGCUGUUAUCUCACCGCUGACAGCUCCAGAUGGAAAAGGACAAAAGUCCACUUCAUCCAGGGAUGUGGGUGCAGAAUAAACCAGCUAGUUUUUCAG